CGAUGAGCAGAAGAAGAAGUGGUGUCGCAUCAUAGUUUAGCUAAAAGACCACAGACAGAGACACAGACAGACAGAGACACAGACAGACAGAGACACAGACAGACAGAGACACAGACAGACAGANAGACAGACAGAGACACAGACAGACAGAGACACAGACAGACAGACAGACAGACAGACAGGAGCUAUAGUUCAUGACAGCUGAUCCGUCCACAACUCUUCCUCCCUGUCUGUCCGUCCUGCUCUUCUUAUGACAGCCAUCACACCCGGCGGUCACGUCGCACUAUGUUCGAGGAUCCUGAACUCCAAGAUCCGCUGAGUCUAAGUGAAAAUUAUGACGAGCCGAACUUGCCACAUCCUGAUCCGAAAAAAGCACAAGCAAGUCCUGACUAUGAUUGUGAGACACCAGAGAUUCAUGUCAUCAUCAAAGAGGAAGAGGACGGCUGGACCGUGAGUGAUAAUCAUGAGAGCUACUGUUCAGGGGCAGACAAAGAGGAAACUUCUGCACCCGCUUGUCAUCCCCAACUCAAAUCAUGUGGGAAAGACAGCUCCAGUUCAUCCAAGAGACAGCAGAGAGUUAAUUCAGUGGAGAAAUGCUCAGAGGAGUCCAGCGGCCCUGCUCUCUAUGACCAGAGCUCCUCUACCAGAUGCGGGCGGAAAAGACACAUACUCAUUGACUCUGAUGCCAAACCUGAGAUUUCCUGUGUUUACUGGAAGGUGCCGGAACACGAGACAGCGGAUGAGGGUUGUAACACAGGAGAGAAACCUUUCUCCUUCCCGGUCCGUGAGACGACCCUCAGUCACAAAAGGACCAUGAGCUCCCGCCAGGGGACACAUGCUGAGGACGGCUGUAAUGUCCCAGAUCAGAACGUUGACGUAAAACAAAGCACAUCUUUGCCAACAGAGGCAGAACUACAUGAGACCAAAACACCAGCACUUUGCCAAACAGAUUCACCUGAACAUAAGCCCCUAGUAUCACAUGGACUCAAAAGAGCAUCUGCAAACUUGGAAGGACAAACCCUCCACCUGACUGUUCGUUUGCAGGCGGGGGAAGAGGAGGAGCAAGAUGACGAAAUCGGAGGUUUAAUCAACUCUGAUGGAGAAGUGGUUGAAUGGGAUGCCAGUCCUGACCGACGCUCUGAUUGCACAGAAAGUCCUCAGCAGAGCAAGGGUGUCAGCUUGUCCGAGUCUCAGCUGCAAAGCCAAAACCAGAGAGACAACAGUAGUCCAACGCUCAUCAUGGAAGUUGUGUCUGUGGGAGACGAUGAAGAAAGGGAGGAAGGGGAGGAAAAAGAGAGAGUAGUAAAGAUGGCAACCGUUUCCCCUUUUUACCGUGGAAAGAGACACAGAAGAAAGAAAAAGGUUUCAGAAAUAAAAUCACGGGGCGUCUCGGAUAAACCGGUUCCUGCAAAUCCUGUAAAGAGAAGAGGCAGACGAAAGAUUUCAGAAACACCCCUGUUGUCUGAAGAUUUGGAGGCAGAGCCUGGAAUAUCAAGGCGUACCCGAAGAAAGAUCAAUUUCCCCACCGGAGUGGAAUCAGAAGAGUUAAGCCCCAAAACUGUCCGUCGUGCCACAGCAAAGCGGCCUUACAGAAGAAGGAAAGAUAAACACUCUGCUGAAGGAGGUGGAAAAACUGGUGUUUCCUCUGGGAAGAAGAACCCCGGCAGAAAGAUGGUUCGCGUGCCAGUGGAAAUACCACCGGAGCUCCUGAAGACGCCCAAAGAAAAGAUCGAGUACCACUGCUCCGUGUGUGGCAAAGAAUUUCCUCACGCCUACAAACUGGAGAGACACGAGCUGGUGCACACAGGAGAGAAACCGUAUAGCUGCUCCAUCUGUGGCCGGGGCUUUAACCAGAAGGGAAAUCUCAAAACACACUACAAAGUCCACUUAGGGAGUAAAGGCGUCAUGGACUUUGACGAUGAGGUGAAUCCCAUCGCGUCAGAACUCUCUGAAUACUUGAAGUCUCUGCCGGGGGAGUCCAGGAUCAGAUCGUCCCUCCAUUGCCUGGACUGUGGGAAAGACUUUGAGAGUCAGUCUGCUUUACAAGCUCACCACAUUACCGCACACACACCGACAGCUGCUGAGUCGGACACUGUUGAGCACAGCACAUCGCAGCUUCUCUUCUGCCGCCGCUGUGGUGUUCAGUUCAACGAAAAAGAAAAGCUGGAAGAACACAUGAAAUCGCACAUCAAGGAGAAGCCCUACUCGUGUCCUGACUGUGGCAAGAGGUUCAUCAAUGAGAGCUACAUUCAAAUCCACCAGCGCAUCCACACCGGGGAGAGACCGUUUCUCUGCUCUCAGUGCGGCAGAGGCUUCCACACGGCUUCUUCUCUCAAGCUGCAUGAGAUGCAGCACUCCGAGGAAAGGCCGUUCGCGUGUUCCAUUUGCGGGAAGACGUUCCGGAUAAACUCUUACCUGACAGCACACUACCAGACCCACAUUAAGGACAGGCCCUUCAUUUGUAGCGUGUGUGGGAAGGGCUACUCUCGAGCUGAGGAGCUGAAGGUUCACCACAGGCUUCACACCGGAGAGAGACCCUACGAGUGCGGAGAAUGUGGGAAGAGCUUCAUUUACCGACAGGGUCUGCGGCAGCAUCAGCGCACACAUGCUGGAAAACGCAUCGGGCCGACCCGACAGCUCGGCAGACCCAAGCAACAGGCCAGACUGGACAUCGAAUCAUCCGCAGCUGUCCUCUCUCAUGUAUCUGAGUGCAGCCAUGACCAGCUCAUAAGUGCCAGUGAUGUCACUGAUAGAAACCAACCCGAAGAUGACAGUGAAAGGGACUCUGCUCGAGAUCAGAGCGUAUCUGAGACCGAACGGGAAGCUCCUGAGGUCGCAGUUGAGACGAGAGAAGGAUUCGCACUUUGUUCCGGUGACAAGGACGAUCCCACCGCAGCUGAAAAACCACACAAGACCUGUAGGAAACAGUUCAGAGCUCGAAGUCAUCUGUGCCAAAAGGCCAAGAAACACCAAGGAGGAGUUAAACCGUACAAAUGUGUCCACUGUCGGAAGCGGUUCACCUUCCAGAGCCCUUUAAUCCUUCACCUACGGAGCCACUCUGUAAGGAAGCCGUUUGUCUGCCCUGUCUGUGGUAUGAACUUUUAUCUGCUGAGACACGUCAAGUCUCAUAUGACCGCGCACGAUAUAAAGACCAGCGUCAUGUCGAAGGUGCAAGAGGAGUUAGAGACAAAUAAUGGUUUGAUCAACUCUAGAGGAGAAUGGGAUCCUUCCAACUCUGCGCCAGCCUCAGGGCUCGAUCUCAGCUCACGUCAGCCACAGGACGCCACUUCAGAGAAAAUGCAGAGAAUUCAGCUUGUUGAACUGACUCCUACAAUAGCAGCCCUGGAUCACAGCCCAGCACCCGAAGGAAAAACUCCAAAACAGCUGGAAUCUGAGGAUGAACAGUCUCUGGAAAACCCUUCAGUGGAGCCGAAACAAUACCAGGGGCCGCACAGACCCAAGAAGAAGGCCAACUGUCCGACCUGUGGAAAAGUCUUCUGUCACAACUCGGCUCUGAGGCGACACCUUGUCAUUCACUCGGGCAAAAAACCAUUUAAGUGCUUCAUAUGUGGAAGAGGAUUCACCCAGAGCGGAAACCUCAAAACUCACAUGAAAGUCCACAAAGAGAUGGGCUCUGAAAACCCAGACGACUUUGGACCAGCUGUGAUCCUCGCGGAGGAAGAUCACCAAGAAAUAGGAGGUCUGAUCAACUCUGAUGGGGAGGAAGUCGAUUUCUCAGAUCUCGGAGAAAGUGCCGUCCCUGGGAUCGUAAUUGCAGAGGCUCCCUCAAAGACAUUCGAUCACACAGAGAAUGAAAAACCUCCGUCUCUUCACAGCUGCUCAGUGUGUGGCAAAGACUUUCCUUACGCCUCCAAACUUCAACGCCACUUACGCACUCACUCAGGAGAGAGGCCCUUCCCCUGCUCGAUGUGUGAGAAGAGAUUUCCAGAGAAGGGGCUUCUCAUGAUCCACGAAAGGGUCCACACAGGGGAGAAGCCGUUCCCAUGCACUUUCUGUGAGAAACGAUUUGCUAGUCAGGGGGAGCUCAGGCUGCACCGGCGGACACACACCGGCGAGAGGCCGUAUCACUGCUCCAUCUGUCUGAAGAGCUUUUCUCGUCACUGGCACCUGAAGACACACUUAGAGGCGAUGCACUCGGAGGUUGUCGCCGGCUUUACGAGGAAGAAGUUUCCGUGUUCGGACUGCGAUAAGAGCUGCAACUCAGCGGCUGAGCUGAGAGAUCAUCAGAGGACUCACACUGGAGAGAGGCCGUACCAGUGCUCUUUCUGUGACAAACGUUUUGCCCUGUCCGGUACUCUGGUGAGACAUGAGCGUCUCCACACCGGCAUUACACCUUACCACUGCUCUGACUGUGGGAAGACAUUUGCGCAGCAGUGGACGCUGACAACGCACAUGCGGACACACACAGGAGAAAAACCUUACAGCUGCACACAGUGCGACAAGUCUUUUGUAGCUCCCGGAGAGCUGCGGAGACACACCCGGAUUCACACCGGGGAGAAGCCGUACACCUGCACGGACUGUGGCAGGCACUUCUCACUGGCAGGAACUCUCAGAAACCACAAACGCUCAUGUACACAGAACAAAAAUGAAUCCGAUACAGGCGUCAUCUCAGAACAAGUUCAAGCUCCAGUUGGUGAACCGUCCCAGCAAGACCUGACCGACAACAUCAGUGCUGAGGUGUCAGACACACAGAGUUCACCCAGUUCAGCUGAGCUCCGUCCGCUAGACAGUCUCAACUGUGACAAAGCAGCUCAGCGUGAAGACAACCAGAGAGAAGCAGAAGAGCAGCAGGAGGACGUCGCGUCCAGUCCACAAAUGAAUGUAAUCGUGAAGGAGGAGGAAGAAGAGGAGCCUUUGUGUGUAGAAGAAGCUCCUGAGCAGAUGUCUGGGAGUGAAGAUUGUACCAUGACAGAGGAAACUGAGGAGGAGGAGGAGGAGCAGCAGCAGGAGGAGGAGAGCAGCACAGAUAUCAGGAUUACAGUGAAAGAAGAGGAGGAACCUGACAACAUUUUGCAAAGAUCUCGGUUCAGACUGAAAACCCGGAAUAAGGAAAUGGUUAAAUCUGUUUUCCAUCACAAAGUUAAAGUGUCUGAAGAGGAUCCUGAAUGUGUUGCUAACAGUGAAAAAGACAGUCCUCCAUUAUCACCAAUGCAGGAUCCAUUGACAAACAAUCAGACAAAGAGCUCUUACUGUUGUGGCCUCUGUGGAAGAGACUGCCACAAGAUGUCUGCGCUGCAAAUCCACAUGAGAAUCCACUCGGGAGAGAAACCCUUUCAGUGCUCUCUGUGUGGGAAGCAGUUCACCCAGAAAGGUCAACUCAAAGGUCACCAGAAAGUGCAUACGGGAGAGAAACCUUUCUCCUGCCCGGACUGCGGGAAGAGCUUCGCCCAUUCGGGGGCCAUGAACAGACACCGACUCACACACACGGGGGAGAGGCCCUACCACUGCUCCGUGUGCGACAGGAGCUUCAACCAGUCCGGCCGCUUGAGGGAGCAUGAGAAAAUCCACUUCGGGGAGAAGUUUGACUGUCCAGAGUGUGAAAAGAGUUUCACGCGAGCUUCGAGCCUCAAGAACCACAUCAGGCUCCACACGGGAGAGAGGCCGUACGGCUGCGACAUCUGUGGGAGAGGAUUCAGCCGCUCACAGAGCCUGAGGCUUCACAAACGUAAACAUGAGCUGAUACAGACUGAGGAAGAGUCUGCGUCCAGUGUGAAGAAUGACGAAUUCUCACAGAGCGACGAUAACUCUCCAAUUAAUAUGUGUAUAACAGACAAAAACGACUUAUAAUGUAUUUAUGUAAACCAUACAGGUACGUGCCAGUAGUACUAUGAAAGUACAUGAGUCAAGGCAGUUGAACAUGAACUGAGAGAGAAGUAACUACCUCUGUGUAUAGACAGUUAAUAAACCUCUAUGUGGUGUUUUACCCAAAAAGUAUUUAAGCUAAAAAUAUUUAACUCCCAGAAAAGACAAAUGAAGAAACAGACACAAACCAUUUUGAUGUUCAGCAAAAUAGCAACAACGCUUCAGAAUAACAAUAAUGUACUACAAAUCUCUGAAACUGUUUAGAUGAUAAAUUUUAGAGGUCAUACUAGCUCUUAUUUAUCACUCUUACCUAUAUUAGUUGCGUUUGAACAUCAUAGUAUUUAUGGUAGUACAAAUGUGUCAUUUAAGGUUUGUGAUUUGUCCAUGCAGUAUUUUUAUUGAAAUUAAUCGUGUAUGUGGAAAUUGGACUGAAAUAUAAUUGAUGUAUUUGUAUCCGAUGUUACGAUGGCCAGUGAGAUGUGAAGGAAUCAGGCGACACUAGAUUUCAUUCUUUGGUUAAUGUGCCCAAUAAAAUGUAACAAAACAGUGGGAUCCUUAAUGUUCAUCCGGUGUUUGCCAAAACCAUUUAGCCUUAGUUUGUGAUGAACUCUUAUAUCUGUUUUGUUUUGCAUUCAUUCAAGAUCCAAAUUAUGAAUCAGGUUCACCUGGUUGAAGAAGUUCUUAAAGGCCAAGUCACUGUUGUGAGUGGAGGAAUCAUCGUGAUACAAAGGCCGAUAAUUUGAAGCCAUGUAGAUGGCUCAUUUUGCCCUGUGCUGCCUCUGUCUAAUUGUAUGGAACAUGUUUUAAUAAACAAUAAAAGUAUAA